AUGGUAGGGGAGGAGACGCUCGUUUCCCUCCUGCAGAGAUGUAGGAAACCCGCCCACCUCCGGCAGGUGGCGGCCCUGGCCGUCGCCGGCGGGCUCCGGCGGGACGGUCGCCUCGCCCCCAAGAUGGCCUCCACCUUCUUCGACCUCGGCCUGCCGGAGGACGCCCGCCGCUGGUUCGACUGUGUCGUCGACCCCGCCACCGUCCUCUGGAACAUCAUGUUCAAGGGGUACACUCAGAGGGACGCCCACAGGGAAACCCUAGCGCUGUUCGCCCGGAUGAGAGUUGGCGGCGCCGCUCCCAACCGGUACACCUUCACCUUCGUGCUCAAGUCCUGCGCGAAGCUCCCGGCGGCGAGGACGGGCACGGCGGUGCACGGCGUGGCAGUAAAGACCGGAUUCGAGGGGAAUCCCUUCGUGGGAACCCUGCUGAUCGACGUGUACUCUGCCGCGGCAGGAGGAGGCGACUGCGAGUCGGCGCGGAAGGUGUUCGAAGCCAUGCCGGAAAGGAACGUGGUUUCGUGGACGGCUAUCGUGUCGGCGCAUCUCGCCUCUGGCGACGUGGGCUCCGCGCGGCGGCUGUUCGACCGGGUGGCGGCGGGGGCGGACGUCGUCCUGUGGAACACGAUGGUGUCUGGGUACAUCUCCGCGGGGGACAUGGCUGCCGCGUGGGAGCUGUUCGAAAGAAUGCCCCACAGGGACCUCAUGGCCUGGAACACGCUCCUCCACGGUUUCGCCAUUGGCGGCGACCUUGAGGAGUGCGCGAAGCUCUUCCAAGCGAUGCCGAAGAGGAACGUCUUCUCCUGGAACGGGCUGAUGCGAGGUUAUCUCCGCCAUGAGCGAUUCUCCGAAGCUCUCUCCACAUUCACCCACAUGCUCCGGGCACGAGAGGUCUCCCCCAACGACGCGACGCUGGCGAUGGCCCUGUCGGCGUGCUCCAAAGCCGGCGCCCUCGACUUCGGCCGACGGAUCCACCUCUACGCCCAAAGCCACGGCUUCAUGGGCACCAACCACGUCGUCAAUGGAGUGAUCGACAUGUACGCCAAGUGCGGAAGCCUCCACAGUGCCUUGGAGGUGUUCGACAAAACGCCGAUUAGAGACCUAGUCACCUGGAACAUCGUCAUCGGUGCGCUGGCGGCGCAUGGGAGGGCAGCGGCGGCGCUGGGGCUCUUCGAAAAGAUGAAGGCGGAGAGGGUGGCCCCCGACGGGAUAACCUUCGUGGGUGUCCUCUCCGCCUGCUCCCACAUGGGCCUGGUCCAGAUCGGGCUCGCCUACUUCCGCUCCAUGGCGGAGGAUCACUCCAUCGCGCCGUGGAUGGAGCACUACGGCUGCGUGGUGGAUCUCUUGUGCCGCGCCGGGCUGCUGGCGGAGGCGCUGGAGCUGGUGGGGACAAUGCCGGUGGCAGCGGACUGCGUGAUCUGGAGCACGCUGCUAGGGGCCUGCCAGACCCGCGGCGCCGUCGAGCUCGCCGAGCUCGCCGUGGAAAAGUUGGCGGCGCUCCGGCCGGACGACGCCGCGAACUACGUCGCGCUAUCGAACGUGUACGGCGCCGCCGGCAGCUGGGGAGACUUCGCCAGAACGAAGAGGCAAAUGAAGGAGUGGAACACGGAGAAGUCUCCCGGCCGCAGUAUGAUCGAGAUCGAUCGCUGGGUUUUCGAGUUCUGCUCGUCGGACGGGAGGCACCCUCGAACCGAAGAGAUUUAUGGAGUCUUGCGGCAGCUGAAGCAGUUGACGCGGCCUGAUGAUGAUCUUAAUUGA